AUGAUUUACGAUGCUGCUGGCCCUGAAAUCAUGGAUGAUUCCAGUGGGAAGUUUCAACAUGGUGAUGCUUCGGAGCCUACUUCAAAAAAUUUCAAAUUAUUGGAGGAUGCUGCACAACAACUUUAUCCUGGUUCUGAGACAUUCUCCAAGCUAUCACUGAUUGUGGAACUAUUCCAAAUCAAGUGUCUUUUGGGGAUAAGUGAUAAAGCAACUAAUAGCAUACUGAAGUUAAUUAAGCGAGCACUUCCUUCUGGUGAAAGUUUACCAGAGACAUUCUAUGGAGCAAAACAAUUGAUUAGAAAUUUAGGCCUUCGUUAUGAAAAAAUACAUGCUUGCGAGAAUGACUGCAUGUUAUUCUGGAAACAUAAUGCAAAAGCUGAAUCUUGCUCGGUUUGUGGUGAAUCUAGGUGGAAAUCCGUUGAAGGUCAAAAAACUAAUGGCGGUCCUCAAGGAAAGACCAAGAACAAAGUUCCUCGAAAAGUUUUACGUUACUUCCCCUUGAAACCAAGAUUGCAAAGGUUGUUUAUGUCAUCAGAAAUUGCUUCAGACAUGACAUGGCAUCAUGAUCAGCAUUUGAAAGAUGGGGUUCUUAGACAUCCAGCAGACUCAGAGGCGUGGAAACAUUUCGAUACAUCUAAUCCAAGAUUUUCUAGAGAUCCUCGUAAUGUUAGACUUGGAUUAGAAUCUAACGGGAUAAAUCCUUUUGGUAACUUAAGUGUUUGUCAUAGCACUUGGCCAGUGAUUAUUACUGUAUAUAACUUACCCCCUUGGAUGUGCAUGAAGCCACCAUAUGGCUUCUUGUCUUUGUUGAUACCUGGCCCUAAAGCUCCUGGAAAUGAUAUCGAUGUGUACUUAGAACCAUUGGUAGACGAGUUGCGAGAGUUAUGGUAUUAUGGAGUCGAUACAUAUGAUGCUUCGAGAAGAGAGAAUUUUUGUAUGCGGGCAGCACUCUUAUGGACUAUAAAUGAUUUUCCAGCUUAUGCCUACUUGUCUGGAUGGAGUACGAAGGGAGCUUUGGCUUGUCCUUCAUGCAACAAAGAGACUCCUUCUACUCGAUUAAAGUAUGGUCGUAAGUUUUCUUACAUGGAUGCUCGUAGGUUUCUAUCAUCUAAUCAUAAAUGGCGGCGGAAUAAACGUGAUUUUAAUGGAGAAGUAGAAAAACGAUCUGCUCCUAAAGCUCUCUCUGGAGAUGAUGUUUUAAACCAGUUGUCCAGUUUGGAAGACGUGACAUUUGGUAAGACCCAAAAAAAACAAAAAUACGAAAAAAGUAAAGGGAUUCAUAACUGGAGGAAGAAAAGCAUUUUUUUCAAACUUCCUUACUGGAAAAAUAAUUUAAUACGCCACAAUUUAGAUGUGAUGCAUAUUGAAAAAAAUGUUUGUGAUAAUAUCAUUGGGACAUUAUUAGAUAUAGAAGGAAAGGCAAAAGAUAAUCUGAAUGCUCGUCGUGAUUUGAAGGAAAUGGGUAUAAGGAAAGAUUUGCACGCAACUCAAAAGGAUGGAAAAUGGUAUUAUCCAGCAGCAUGCUAUUCUUUAUCACCAGAUGAGAAGUCUACAGUAUGCAAGUUCUUGAAAAUGGUUAAGGUUCCAGAUGGUUAUUCUUCCAAUGUAUCACGGUGGGUGAAGUUAAAGGAUCGUAAAGUUUAUGGAAUGAAGAGUCACGAUUCUCAUAUUCUGUUGGAACAGUUGCUUCCUCUUGCGAUUCGCGGAGUCGUGCCAAACAAUGUCAUGAUGCUAUCACCGAGUUAA